GCAGUGGCAGCCGCCCGAGAUGCCGAUGCUCUUGUGUGCAAUCUGUUUGCCAUGCCCCCAGUGUACCACCUCAGCGAACGCCUGGAAGUGCCUUGGAUGUGCUGUUCCCCCUGCCUCGUGCCCUACAGCAUGCCACCAGGCUUCGAGCAGGGCUUUGCUGAAACCAUGCCCGAGCUUUUCGCAUUCCUCCGCGAACAGGACACAGAGCUUGCGGUCCCGAGUGAGCCGCCUGCAUUCUCGUGGAAGACCGUCUGCAGCUGGCUGUGGCCUGUCUUCACCGAAAGUCAUGCUCUCUUGCGAGAGGAGCUCCUUGGCCUGGCUCCUGUGCCAGGCUAUGCUGAGGAGGUCGGCACUGACAGGGACCAGUUCGACGCGAAGACACUUCGCCUGGGGAAAUUUCUGCUGGGAGUCCCGCCGGCCCUGCUUUCGGCUGCAGAUCCUGGCCGUGCACUUCCGACAGAUGCGAAGAUAUGUGGCCACUGGUCUCCAAGCCUGGACGUCAGCGCGAGCCAAAGAUGCUCACGGGAGUACCAGGAGCUUAGCGCCUUCCUGCAGAACUGCGAGGAGCAGGUGCAGAAGGGCAUUCUGAAGGGGCGCCCCUUCUAUGUCGGCUUUGGCAGCAUGGGUGCAGAAGGUCUGGUCCCGGAAGUGGACAAGAUGAUCAAAAUCUUGCUGGACACUGGCAAGUGGAUGGGACGACCUCUCGUGCUGAUGGCACCCAGCUCAGCUACGUUCUGCAAGCAAGAGCUGCUCGAGGAAAGCAUCUUCUGGUGCCAGCAUGCGGUGCCGCACGGUUGGCUCCUCCCACGCUGUGCCGUCGCAAUCCAUCAUGGUGGCAUCGGCACGGUGCUCGCAGCGCUGCGAGCACAGGUGCCGCAGCUCGUUCUCCCACUCGCCUACGACCAGCCCUUCUGGGCCUCCUGCGUGAAGGAUCUCAAUGUGGGAGAUUCUGCAGACCUGGAUCAUCUUUCGGUUGUGGUGCUGGCUCGGAAGCUGCAGCGACUGCUCCGGGAUGAGGUUCGUGUCAAUGUCCGCCGUGUUGGAGAAGAAGUCGAGAUGCAGGCGGGCACGGAGACGGCAGUGAAGGAGAUCAUGGCCAUGGCCGCGACAGCUCCGCUCCGAUGUGCCCAAAGUGGCGCAUGCCUGCGACCCGCACGACCGAUCCAUGCCUUUCUGGAGGAGGAUCCAGAUGCCGCCCUGGACGUGCUGGGGCGCAGUGCGGGGGAGGUGCAGUUUAUCUAUCGGGAGAUCCUCCGCGAGCGCUGCUAUGGCGACCUGAACAAGUUGCCAGCAGACUCGAUUGUCGUGGAUGGCGGCCUGAACCUGGGUCUGUUUAGCCUGAUCCUGGCCCGCCAAUGGAAAGGACCUGGGACACUGACAGUCCUGGCCUUUGAGCCUGCCAAGGAGACUUUUGACCUGGCCCUGGCAAACCUCAGACGCAACGGAGUCUUCGUGAUAAACCACGGCCAGUCCCUGCCCAGCAACUCGUCCGGGAGCACUUCUGGAGUUACUGCUGGCACGGCAGUUGUGCACUGCUUUCAGCUGGCACUGAGUGACCGCGAUGGCAGGGACCAACUUUGUUAUUUCCCAUACCUCACCUCCAGUUCCACGCUGGCUCGCCAUCGUCCGGCCAAAGAUGAAGCUAAGAGCAACGGUUGCUUCGACCGCCGUCUUGUGGACAUCUUCUUCGCUGACGAAAAGCAGGAGCCGAUCUUUACAGCCCGGCUCUCAAGUGCCCUGACCUCUGUGGAGACAGCGUUUCCUACUUUGAAGGAUCAGCCCAUUUCGCUGAUCAAGCUCGACAUUGAAGGUGCAGAAGAGGAGGCCCUGGCAGGCCUCGAGGCCGACACUUGGCCGCGAGUGCAGCGCCUCGCGAUGGAAGUGCACGGAGGUGCGGCGUUGCGCCGACUUCAGACCGCUCUGGCGCCGCGUGCAGCUGCGUUGUGGGUGGAGUCUCAAGUCCAGAUACCGGACCACUACAUGCUCUACGCCCUCGCAGAGCAAACUGCCGGCUGCAUGGUCAGACAAAGUGUCUUCUCCGUGCAGCGGUUUCUCGGAGGGACCUGCAAAUAG